ACGAACCGGACGGAACACGGGAUCAAGCGGUGAACCGGAAAGUUUGGGAAUAUUAGUGAAUCUAGUGACAAUGCUGAUAAUUGCUUCAAACGAAAAGGAGGAUUACGUCUGAAAGGUUUAUUUGCUGGACACACUGUGGAUUACUCAGAGGAAAAGAGGAUGCACGCGCUAACUCAGAAUAUUAGCCAAAUUCAAACCAAUCUCUCGAGACUACAGGAGACCACAGCCACAUCAUCUUUAGUCCUAGACGCGUCGCCGACCUCGUCAAAGUCCUCCCCCACGACGGUAGUGCUCGCUGCCGGCGGGGGUGACAAUCGAACAAACGGUAGCUCCCUGCUAGUCAGCAACAGCAUCAACAACAACAACAAUAACAGCGAUGAAGCACAAGCAAAUGACUUUCUCUCCACCUCCCUAUCUUCGCCGGCAUCGGCUGCUUAUCUUCUGCAGCAUCACCACACCCACCAUCUACACCAUCACAGUCAGCAUCAGCAGCUUCAGCAAAACCAUGUCCACAGUCAUCAUCUCAGUAGCAGUGACCAUCAGCCUCACCAACAACAACAACAUCCUCACCAUGGGAACAACAGCAAUAAUGUUACCGCCAAUGAUAGCGCCACUAGUAGCAGUAGUAGUAGCAAACGAACCAUAGCAUCUUCACCCGUAAUCGGUUCCGGAACAGGCACAGCGCCAGUUACCACGUUGCCCCAUGUGAACCCGUUUCAUCACAACAACGAUUACUACACCGAGUAUCGCCUGGGUAGCGAAUAUCGGCAUCACCACCACCACCACCCGCAUGCUCAUCCACGGGACCUAUGGACGGCGGCAGCCGCCGCUAUCACACACGACGGGAUUCUGGACGAGAACUGCGAUAGCUACGGCUUGAGGCAUACCGGUAAAACCCUUCGGAAUGAGCGCUCGGCUUUCUUCGAUUUCACCGCAACCCCUGCAACGCACCCGGCAGCAGCAGCCGCCGCCUACUGUUACCGACUUUCGACGCCACCCCAGCUAGUGAAACGUGAACCCGGCGACGUAACAGCAUGGCACACCUACUCGGAGCGAAUGUUCACCGAUCCGCUGUACACCUCGCUGAAACUCCAGAGUCAGCAGCAAUCGGCAACCUCUUCACCGCAGCUCACCCAGCACUCAAUCUUUCCGGAUUCCACCUCACAUCUAUCGUCGGCCCUGGAACACACGCACAGUAUCAGCGCUCAUCAAACAGACGCGACGGAAUCGUUUCUACACCAUCAAGGAUACGCAUCCUAUCGGCAACCAUCGGAUGUUGUGACCUCUUCAGAACCUGACUACUGUAACACUGGAACUGGAAAUACUUCGGCAUUGACUAACAUUUCCACCACGAAUCCAUCCCCGUUGAACUCACUACCAGUUCCGAACGGCCCGCUUCAUCAGCGUCGCGGUUCCCUCCAACUGUGGCAAUUUUUGGUGGCACUACUAGACGAGCCUGCUUCCAGUGCUGGGUGCAUUGCUUGGACCGGUCGUGGAAUGGAAUUCAAACUGGUUGAACCAGAAGAAGUAGCUCGUCGCUGGGGAAUCCAAAAGAACCGCCCCGCUAUGAACUACGACAAAUUAUCCCGAAGUCUGCGCUAUUACUACGAGAAGGGAAUCAUGCAGAAGGUAGCCGGCGAACGGUACGUCUACAAGUUCGUGUGUGAUCCGGAAGCUCUGUUCAACAUGGCUUACGGUGGAACGACGACUACAGCAACUCCAGCAACGGUUGGAAGCAGUUGCGGCUCGGCGUUGGAUGGCACUUUGCAUCAUCAUCAUCAUCACCAUCCUCACCAGCAUCAACAUCUGCAUCAGAGCAGUUCAUCGCCACCAAACUGCCAAGGAGGACAAUCCACUGCGGCUGACGGUGGUGUUUCGGACGAAGCGGAACGAGGUUCAUACUUUACCACUGGCUCAUCCACGUACAAUCAUGGAAAUUAAGGUGAAUCACCAGCAUAGUCUAGUCAACUCAUAACCAGAGAACGGGGGGAGAUUAUUCGUAGUUGUUAAAAUCUAAUCUGAUGCUUCGGGGGAAAAUUUCAAAUUUUCUUCGAUAGCAAGACAUCGCAGAGUUUUCCGAAGGAUGCAGAAAUUAAAGCAAUAAACUAUGAAUUAAAUGUA